ACAGAGGUGAUGCGAAGAGAUUACUUCCGUCUGAAGGGAUUGGAUCCAUGUGAUCUCGACAAUGAAUGUCCCAAAGACACAACAUGCCAUAAUGAUUAUCUAGGCAGACCAGCUCGUUAUUACUGUCUAUGCCAUAAAGGAUUUACUGAAGCAUUUCAACGUACGUCUUGGCUGGGAAGAUGUCGAGACAUUGAUGAAUGCAAAGAGAAAUCAACAAGCUGCCCAGCAAACUCAAAGUGUWUCAACACUAUUGGUUCAUUCCACUGUAACUGCUCUGAAGGUUACGAUAGGACAGAAAAUAACCAAUGUGUAGACAUUGAUGAAUGCCAAGCCUCUCCCUCCCCCUGCUCGUCAGGUUUUGUCUGUCAUAAUAUUCUUGGUGGCUACAAGUGUCAAGACAUUGAUGAGUGUCUAUCUAAACCGUGUUUUGAGGGAGAGGUCUGUGUCAAUACACAUGGCUCUUUUCGAUGUGAGAUUCCAAAGAGGGGUGAAUUUGAAGAUCUUAUAUCYGUACCAUCACCUCCUACAACUCAAGUAGUGACAGACAUCAAGGAAGAUAUACAAACUCAGAGCAAUGCUCAUCAAGUCUUUUCAGUACCACACGUCAAAGCUCUGUCAUUAUCCACGCAAGGCAACUGGAAGSUUAUUGGUGUAGUUGCUUUUACUACAGUGUUGAGUUUCAGCAAGUUGUAAACCACAAAAUACCAAUCAUUGAUAUAAUUACUCAAAUCAAAUAAAACUCUGAGGCUUUGAGCAAUAGUGACUGACCAUGACAUCAGAGUGCCACUCUGUAAAGUGGUCAUCAAUCACUAYGUACUUGAGAA